AUUUUUUUUUAAUUAUAAAAUAUUAAUGCAAAAAAAAUUGAUAGGAUAAAAAUCCUAUUUAAAGCUAUAUAAAUCAUUAUUGUGAUGGCGGGGGGGGGGCCCUGCAGUAAGUCAUAGCCCUGGUCUUAAUGCAGCCCUGCCCAUAACACAAAAGGAGAGACAGAUCCAUUAUAAUUUAUUUUGAUAUAAUCUUCCCAUUCCCUCUGUAUUUUCUUUUUGUGUGUUACGUUAUUCAAUAUUGACAUAACGUUACCUUUAUUUUGAAAAACUAAGGUCUGGUAUUACAGGGGAAGUAAACAGUCCGGUUGUUGCUUAAUUCACAGCUUCAGUCAAGUGCCUGCUAAAACCCAAAAGUGGGUCCCCUUUAACAUCUAAAUGUAGUAAACUUUACAUUAGGAAAAGAUGUCACCAGCAUUGAAUUUCAGAACCAAGACUUUCCAGCCACGUUCACCAGACAAAGGAGCGUUUCCCUUGGAUCAUUUCGGUGAAUGUAAAUCAUUUAAAGAGACAUAUAUGCGAUGCCUUAAAGACAACCGUUUUGGCAAUUCGCGCUGUCGGGUAGAGUCAAAGGAGUAUCUGGAGUGUAGGAUGGACAGGAAAGGAAAGAAGUACGUUCAGAAACUGAGUAUUCACAAAAGAGUAAGUGAGAAAUCCCAGGAUGUCCUACUGCUUCAGCCCAGAUUCUGGAGUGUACAUCGGAUGGACACUUUUCAAUCCCAGGAGUCCACGGGAGAUAAAUACGCCAGCAUCGAAAAUGAUGGAGAACAGCGACAACAGUGUUUACAGAUAGCUUUUGUGGUGGAGCAGUACCUGCAAGGAAAGGUGACAGCAGCAUUUGUGUGGAAAAAAAGGAAAACCUGAAACAAAAAUAUAAAACUGGUGUGUGCACUGAGAAAGGAGCACAGCAGCAUCCUGGAAAUGGUUAGUGCAAGGGUCUUCAACCGGGGAUCCGCAGCGGCACUGCAGGGGAUCUGCCAAUUAAUGUUUGAUCACAAAUAAUUUUUUGUUUCAAAAAUUAAAACGUGUUAAAAAAUACAUCAGAAAGUCCAUUUUAAAUAUAAGCGCCCUGUCACAAAAGCAAGCGCACCCCCAGUUGAUACUGUAAUUCAGGCCCGGCACUAAGGGGGGAUUUGUGAAAGAAUUUGUACCAUCAAAGUAGGCUACCGCAAGAGCGAUUCGCAAGCAGACACAGGUUAUGGUCAUCACAGUUUCUCCAGCACAGCUGGAUACAUGAGCUUUGAUGAUGACAGCUAAUUCAUGAUUUACCAGACUCACUCACUGUAUUUCAUCCCGUGCUUUAAUAGGAUUACAAACUCCUCCUACAAACAAAAUUUGAAAUAAUAGCGCCCCCCUCCCCCUCCCCCUCCCCCGUUUGGUGAAGAGUUGCUCGCUCUCAUAAAUCCUCUCAUAUUAACGAUACGAGGUAAGUCGUAAGAGAUUCAUGCGGAGUAGAUAUUGCCUUGUAAAUAAUCUUAAAUGUCCCACUGUACAUUUCUAUUAGGUGCCACUGCUGUAUCUCAGUGUAAAAUUAAAAAAGUUUUUGUAAGCUUGAAGCUAAAGUUUAAGUUAAGAAUUAUUUGUCCAUCUGACAGUAAAAUAUGUAAUAUAAAAAAUAUUUUUUUUUUAUUAAACGUAUGGCUAAAGCUCAGGUAAAUGUAAAUGUCCAUCUGACUAGUAAAAUUAAAAUGUAUGACUUUGCAAAUUCAUUAAAAUAAUAAACAACAACUGCAAACAACUAAUUUUUUUCUUUUUAUCUCAACGUGUUUAUGAUGCAUAAAUCUCAGUUUUAAUUAUAAAAUGUAAUAUACAGGCAGUGAUGCAUGUGCAGCAAUUAUAAUGUGCAUAGUUCUGAUCUACUGUCUAAUGCAUACAGUAAAACAAUACAUUAUAAUGCAGAAUACAACACAGAAUAAUUUUCCAAAGCUUUAUUGUCUGUCCCCAAUGGGGUAGAAAAUUGUCUUUAGACAAAAGGCUCAACACACAAAACAAUACAAAUAGUCCUCACAACAACAAUUUUCAUCAUCACAAAAAAAAAAAAAAAAAACACAUUAAUUUUAAAAACCUGUUUAAAAUACCAAUGGCAGUUAUGAUAAACAUCUUCUUAUACUUGGCCCUUUUCACCAAAGGCACUUUAUACUGUCUACCAGACGGAAAUAGUUGAAACUAUACAGAGGAUGAGAAGAGUCUCCCACAAUAACAAAGGCUUUCCUUUUUAGUGCCAUACUAAACACAAUGCUUGUACGUUGUUAGCACCACAACACAUUUCUUUAGUUUUACUAAUGUUAAGCUGCAAAGAACUCUCCUCUGUCCAAAAUGUAAGAAAUUUAAAAAAAUUAAGGUAAGUAUCCAAUGACUGAAUAUUCUUUACACAUCCCACCAGUGCCAUCUGCAUCUGCAUAUUUUAUAGGUGUCAAAUUAUCAUUAUCACAAGUCUUUUCAUUUAUGUAAAUAGAAAAUAAAAUUGAUGAUAUAACACACCCCUGAGGAAGGCCAGUAUUUAAAAGCGCAUUCUCCGACUUUUUACAGUUUACCAAUACAUGCUGUGGAAGUUUCCGUAAAAAAACUAUUAAUCUAUAAGAUCACAUGCAUGGUGCACAUGCAACUCCUACAACCGCCUGCAAAGAAUAUUUAUAUUCACAGUAUUGAAAGUGGAAUAAAAGUCCAUAAAUAAAAUCCUAACACAACUAUUUGCCGUAUCCAAGUAUUUUCCAAUAAUAUCAAAGGGUGUAUGCUUGAUAUGCAGCUUUGCUUAAUUUACAAUGUAAACAUUUUAAAAUGCAACUGAAAGUAAUUCAAAAUAUCUCAGAUCACUUCAAUAUUUAACCCAAUUUAAUUAU